AUGCUUUCUUUUAGAAUUCUUAGGAGUGGCAUUCGUCGAGUGCCAUCAUGCUGUGAUGGAUUUCAAACCACCAAUUUGAAGUUGUUCAACUCAUUUCGCGCGGGCCUUCCCUAUGUGUGCGCUGCAACGCCUCUCAUACUUUCUCAAAAACGGUACGCGAGUUCUAAGAAUCCCUAUACUGUGCUUGGCAUCAAGCAGGGAGCUUCCAAGGAGGAGGUGAAGAAGGCAUAUCGCGUCAUGGCCCGGAAGCAUCAUCCCGACGCCCCUGGUGGCAGCCACGAAAAAUUUCAGGAAAUUCAGGCGGCUUACGAUCAGGUUAAGUCCGGCGUAUGGAUCCAGAAGAAUGAGGAUGGCAGCCCCACGAGCCAGGGUGGAGAUGGCGCUAGCGGCGGCAACCGCUAUAGUGGUUUUCACUACACCACACGUACGCACAAACGAAGCAAGGUCAGCUACGACGAGUUCUACACCGAAAUGCACACUGGGAAGGUCAAGAAGAACCCCUUCGAAGACGAUGAUGAUGAGGAUAUGACCCGAAAGGACUCUCAACGAACCCCGUUUGAACUUAACGAGAUUGCUUUUCAGGCUUGGCUACGUUUUAUCAUCAUGUGGUGUCUUCUGUUCACGACGCUUCGUGUUGGGCUCUUUCUUUUGUUUCCGCCGCAGUGGGAGAAGCCCAAUCGGAAGCCUCCCCCUAAGGAACUCCGCAAGAAACCACCACCGCCAAGACCCAUCGUUCAUGCAGGCACACCAUUGGUUUCCUAG